AUGAAGUGUACGGAGCAGCUGGUGGUGAAGAUUCUGAAGGCUCUGGACCUGCCAGCCAAAGAUGCCAACGGCUUCUCUGACCCCUACGUGAAGAUCUACCUGCUGCCAGACAGGAAGAAAAAGUUCCAGACCAAGGUCCACAGGAAGACCCUGAACCCGGUGUUUAACGAGACGUUCCAGUUUGGGGUUCCCCUGGCGGAGCUGCACUCCAGGAAGCUGCACUUCUCCGUGUACGACUUUGACCGCUUCUCCCGGCACGACCUGAUUGGCCAGGUGGUGGUGGACAACCUGCUGGACUUCAGCGAGGGCACCGGGGAGAAACCUGUCUGGAGGGACAUCGUGGAGGGCACCGUGGAGAAGGCAGACCUUGGAGAGCUGAACUUCUCCUUGUGUUACCUCCCCACCGCUGGUAGACUCACUGCCACCGUCAUCAAGGCCACCAACCUUAAAGCCAUGGAUCUCACCGGCUUCUCAGAUCCGUACGUGAAGGCCUCCCUGGUCUGUGACGGCCGCAGGCUGAAGAAGAGGAAGACCUCCAUAAAGAAGAACACGCUGAACCCCACCUACAACGAGGCCCUGGUCUUCGACAUCCCCAACGAGAACAUCGAGAGCGUCUCCAUCCUGAUCGCAGUGAUGGACUAUGACUGUAUUGGUCAUAACGAGGUGAUAGGGAUGUGUCGUGUGGGCAGUGAUGCUGAGGGUCCAGGGAGGGAACACUGGACGGCCAUGCUGGCCAACCCCCGCAAGCCCAUAGAGCACUGGCAUCAGCUUGUAGAGGAGAAAACCAUGAACACGUACGUGUCGAAGACUGCCCCGGAUGCGUCUCCCAAGCCCCACAUCGUGGUGGACAGCCCUCACUCAGAGUAGACCUAUCGUUGUCUGUCCAGUUCCAGACCUUCAUUUCUUUCCACUCAUAUGUGAAUAAUUCUGAGAGAGAAAGGCUCGGAGACACAUCAACUGCUCGUGCUACUAAACCCUCCUCCGAGCCCACGGCCCAGACCACAGGCUGGACACCAGCUCCACUUAUAAUAUUACACUACACAUACACAAGCAUACACAGAUACAAAGUCAUUCACAUUAGGAGUAAAGUAGGUACAGUAAUGAGAUAAGAAACAUAACACAGUGGACACACACACACAACACUCAAAACAGGUUUGUAGUUAGUGUGUGGUUCAGGUAAUUACUGGUAAUUCAUCCAGAAGAUAAGAUGUAAUGUAUAUUUCUCCUUUCAAAAAACCAAAUAAAAAGAUAAGAGACUGAAAAUGGGCCAAAAAACUAUCCUGCACUUGUACAAAAAAAAAAAAAAAAAUACAUGUCGAUAUUUUCUGUUUCAACAGUAGUGACGAGGUGUAGGGUGCUGUACUGGAAAAGUGUUCCAUGUGUUCCGUGUUUUCAUCAUCAGGACAAACUUCAGUCUCCAGGGACUCCAGCCUGGUUCAGGCUGUCUAGAUCAAUACUUCUCCUUGUUGAAGUCUUGGUUUACUGGUUCCUCCUGGUUCCUCUUGGUUCCUCCUGGUUCCUCCUGGUUCCUCCUGGUUCCUCCUGGUUCCUCCUGGUUCCUCCUGGCAGAGGAGGGAAGCCAUCGGAGGUCAUUAUUGAUGUCAGGAGAGGUAGAUGAGUGGAUGGACCCAUUAGCCAAAGCAUGUUAGGUAACCUUGAAAUGUGUCUCUCCACCUCUCCUUUUAUUCCCCCUCUCCAUGGAACUCAUCAAUAUCCAUUUGCUUUUAUUUUUCUAUUUAUUUAUUUGUGGAUUUCUGUAAUAUAUUCUCAUCAAGAAAGAAUUUUACUCAUGCCAGUUUUUUACUAUUCACUGAGGAUGAGUCUUGGAGGCCUGAACAAUUUGAUCGCCUGUGUGUGUGUGGAAGGAGUCUUGCCAUCUGGCCACACUAAAGAGGACUCCUUCAGGGAGCUGUGAUUAGGAUGGACCUGCACUUUUCCGAGUGCAUUCACUGGAAAUGUAUCCUACAUCAAAGGAUUUCAUCAUGUUAUUUUUCUAUCAUUCCAGGAUUUAAAUUAUUUUCUUCGAAAGACAUUUAUUUGAUUUGAAAAGAGAAAAAAAUGUCCAUCCAUGUUUCUGACAGGACAAUAAGUUCAGAAGGACACAAGCAUUUGUGUUGCUUUUUAUUUCCGUGUAUUUCCGUGUUUGUGGGUGUGUUUUGUAUCUGUGUGCGUCUGCCUGUGUGUCCGUG